AUUGUCUUCUCCACGCUGGGAGCUGCCUAUGGGACUGCCAAGUCGGCCAUUGGCAUCUCAUCGAUGGCUGUCAAGCAUCCGGAGCUGAUAAUGAAGUCCAUCAUUCCCGUGGUAAUGCCUGGCAUUAUAGCCAUCUAUGGACUGGUCGUGUCGGCGCUGUUGACCGGUUCGUUGAUAAAGAUGUACCCCACCUACAAGGGAUUCCUCAAUCUUGGCGCCGGUCUGGCUGUGGGUCUCUCCGGAAUGGCGGCUGGCUUUGCCAUUGGCGUUGUGGGCGAUGCUGGUGUUCGUGCAGCUGCACAGCAGCCGAAGCUGUUUGUGGGUCUAAUUUUGAUACAGAUAUUUUCCGAGGUCUUGGGUCUCUAUGGCCUGAUAGUGGCCAUCUAUUUAUUCACCAAAUGAAAUUUCAAUAAAAGUGGGACAUCUUCAGAUCCCACAAGUUCUUCG